GGCACGGGGUCCCCGCGGCCCCUAGGCCCUAUCUCCGUCGUCUGCUGCGUCCCGCGAGGGCCUCCGGCCCCCACCGGAGGGAGUUGGGAGGCGCUUUUCCCCUCCGUCCUGUCCCCGAGUGCGUGAACCCUCCUCCGCCCUUCCCUCCGUGGCUGUGGACCCUCCUCCUGCGGCUCCCUUCCGUCUGUCGGUCUGUCUGAGGACCUCCCUUCCGUCUGGCCACCCUGACGUGUCCCUGUCCAAGCCUCUAGGGACAGCAGAGGAUUUGGGGACCAGCGAGCACCCCCAGGGCGCAAGAAGAGCCUCUGCCACUUGCCCUGCCUCACCCUGCCUCACACCAGGCUCAGCCGCCCCGGCCCCCGGCUGCAUCAAGUGGAGGAGGAGGAGGCGGAGGAGGGUGGCACCAUGGGCCCGGGCCGUGCCCUCCAUGCCCGGGGGAUGAAGACGCUGCUGCCAUGGACAGCCCGUGCCAGCCGCAGCCCCUGAGUCAGGCUCAACCUCAGUUGCCGGGUUCUGUGUCAGAGCCUUUGGAGACUAGCCGGGCCGGGAUGGGGGUGGAGAGCUACCUGCCCUGUCCCCUGCUACCCUCCUACCACCAUCCAGGAGUGCCCGGUGAGGCCUCGGCUGGGAGUGGGACCCCCAGAGCCACAGCCACUUCUACCACAGCCAGCCCCCUUCGGGAAGGCUUCGGUGGGCAGGAUGGUGGUGAGCUGUGGCCACUGCAGAGUGAGGGCGCCGCAGCACUGGUCACCAAGGGGUGUCAGCGACUGGCAGCUCAGGGUGCCCGGCCUGAGGCCCCCAAACGGAAAUGGGCAGAGGAUGGGGGGGAUGCCCCUGCACCCAGCAAGCGGCCCUGGGCCAGGCAGGAGAACCAGGAGGCAGAGGCAGAGAGGGAGGGUGGCAUGGGCUGCUGCAGCGGCGAGGCCAGCAGCGGGCAGAGGGAGGAGAUGCCGCCCUCCGCCCCUGAGCGCCUGGCCCUGGACUAUAUUGUGCCCUGCAUGCGGUACUAUGGCAUCUGCGUCAAGGACACCUUCCUGGGGGCCACCCUGGGUGGCCGCGUGCUGGCCGAGGUGGAGGCCCUGAAGCGGGAUGGGCGGCUGCGGGAUGGGCAGCUCGUGAGCCAGAGGGCCAUCCCGCCACGCAGCAUCCGCGGGGACCAGAUUGCCUGGGUGGAAGGCCACGAGCCAGGCUGCCGAAGCAUCGGUGCCCUCAUGGCCCAUGUGGACGCUGUGAUCCGGCACUGCGCCGGCCGGCUGGGCGCCUACGUCAUCAACGGGCGCACCAAGGCCAUGGUGGCUUGUUACCCAGGCAACGGGCUGGGCUACGUGAGGCACGUUGACAAUCCCCAUGGCGAUGGACGCUGCAUCACCUGUAUCUAUUACCUGAAUCAGAACUGGGACGUCAAGGUGCACGGCGGCCUGCUGCAGAUCUUCCCGGAGGGCCGGCCUGUGGUAGCCAAUAUCGAGCCACUCUUUGACCGGCUGCUCAUUUUCUGGUCUGACCGGCGGAAUCCCCACGAGGUGAAGCCAGCCUAUGCCACCAGGUAUGCCAUCACUGUCUGGUAUUUUGAUGCCAAGGAGCGAGCAGCAGCCAAAGACAAGUAUCAGCUAGCAUCAGGACAGAAGGGUGUCCAAGUACCUGUGUCACAGCCCACCACGCCCACCUAGAGGCCAGCCCCGUUGCUGCAUGGACAGACAGCUUGCCCUGACCGGGAGAGCCUGGGCCCGCGCCAGCCGCCCGCCUCGGUGCCUGCUCCUUCCCCACCGCCACUGCUGCUUCUGACUUUGCCUCUGUCCUGCCUGGUGUGGGGGGCGCUGUCCAUCACCGAGGACCAGGGAGGAACAGAGAGACCUCUGCUGCCCAGUGGUGGGGACUGGGGUCGUGACCUGGGUAGGUCCCAGCGUUGGGGCCUGUCAUUCUCAGAGCUGGGGACUUAUGUCCUGCCCUGUCUGGUCGUGCCCCUGUCAGGGGGGGUGAGCUGGAAGGAGGCAUUGCCACCUCCCACCAGGAUGCAGGAUUUGGGGUUAGGGUGAGUCAUGGCCUCUUGCUGGCAAAGGUUUGUGUGGGGAGUCUUCCUCCCACUCCUCCAGCCUAGAAUGUGAAGUGACUCCCCAAACCCUUUGGCCACGGCACCUUUCGGACUGGGCUGCCGCACUUGGGUGGAUAAAAGGUGCUGGGAGGAGCAUGGGUGUGGAUGUCCUGUCAGCCAAGAAAGAAAUAAAAGUACCUCAGAGCU